UUUUCCCCGGAAAGAAGUCGUUAUAGUGGGCAGUAAACCUUUUAGAGGGGAAAAUAUUUGAUGCCUUUACAAAAAAAAUUAAAAACGAGGUUACAUCACAAAGGUUAAAGGGCGAACAGCCGGUUGUGCUCGACAGGAACACUGUAGCUGAGAUUUCAGGCUUGAAGGCCCCUUCACAUCAGCCUGCUGUCCUGUCCUUGCUGUUCCAGCACAGUCAUGGCAGUGGACUGGAUUGGGUUUGGCUAUGCGGCGGCGGUGGCUCUGGGGGGCUUCAUGGGGUACAAGCGGAAAGGCAGUGUGAUGUCACUGAUUGCUGGUCUGCUCUUCGGCUCCCUGUCUGCCUUUGGGGCCUAUCGGCUGUCGAUCGACCCAAGAGACGUGAAGGUUUCCCUUGUGGCUUCAUUAGUUCUGUCUGUUGUGAUGGGAAUGAGGUACAAGAAAUCUGGAAAACUAAUGCCUGCUGGAAUUAUGACUGGAUUAAGCGUCCUGAUGGUGCUGCGAGUCGUCUUGCUUCUGCUGUAGGUUCACAGCACAGGGCUAAGCGCCGCAGGCCCACACAGAGCACUGCGCGCUGGCUGUGCUUGAAAACCAGGACCAGAUGGCUGUCAUGACGUGUUUACUUUGAGAUAUAAUGAGUUUCAUCAAUCUUUAAUUAAGAUUGAAGAAUUAAAUUGAAUAGCAUUAUGAUGGAGACGAUAAAGACUCAAUGAUUGAAUUCUUUAGAAUCAUUCUAAAGAAAUGUAUUUUUUCAGUGUUUGCUAUAUAGUAAUCAAUAUAAUUCCACAAACAUUAUCUGUUGAAAAGCAGAAUUAUAGGACCUUUUAUUGCAACAAAAUAAAAGUAAAAAUAUUACUGAGUUACAAAACUGUAUUGCUGUAACACUUGUAUGAAGUGCUAUUUUACUAUGUAAAUCAACUUGAAUUACCACUUAAGUGUUGUUUAAAAUGUUGUACAUUCCAAAUAAAGUCAAAUGCUCAUA